AUGGAUUCGUUUGCCAUGGCUUUGAUUCUGUUCCUCACUGGUGUUCUUAUCGGAACUUGUCAAUCAUCUACCUGUCGUGCGCAGUGUGAUUACGACUACGUUACUGCAAGGGUUGACUGCUCCUCCCGUAAUCUGAGCUGUAUCCCCGUCAACUACCCUGACUCCCUCGUCAUGGAUCUCAGCCACAAUGACAUAUCGGUGCUGGAACCAGACGACUUCAGCGGGACGUUCACGAGGUUGGUUGAGCUGUACCUUGACUACAACGACAUAUCUGAUGUGACGUCACUGUUGGAGUCAACCGGGUUGGGAAGCCUGCAGAAACUCUCGUUAGAACACAACGCCAUAUCGGCAUUGCAGACUUCAUGUAGCCUCCACUCCCUUAUCAAUAUCUCGCUUGACUAUAACUCAUUGGUAAACAAUUUUCGGUUUCCAAACUGCAGAUCCUUGGUAUAUUUUUCGGCAAAUUUUAACCCUUUAACUGGUUUCUAUCCUCCGCCAACAUUACCAUCUACUAUCAGCUUGCAAUUCACUAAUAUAUCAGGCUUCCAUAUAACAGACAGGGAUGUCGGCACACUCUUAUUAGAUAAUAACAAAUUGUAUAGUUUUACAUUCACUGGUGACAGGGCAUAUUUAGUCUCCCUCAGUCAUAAUAAGCUGAGUACCUGUACAUUGACAGCAUCGUCCCUGUUUGAACUCAAUGUAGCAAGCAACGGAUUAAAAGGCCUUCAAUCAGUUGAUGUACAUAUACGUGGAGGAAACAACAUUAGAAAACUGAACGUAAGUAACAACUCUUUUGAUUCAUUUAUACAACCGGAUUGGGCAGAAGGGCUUCAGAUCUUAUACGCUGAUGACAACAUACUGGCCAACCUGUCCCCUACUACCCUACAAGGAUUCUUCAACCUGACGGAGCUCCAUAUAGCAAAUAAUCGACUCGUGUUCAUCUCGCCAACGGCUCUGAGUCAAAUCACUAUGCUACGGUCUCUGUAUCUCGAUGGCAACGCCCUGACGUCAUUGUUGGGUGGAAUAUUUCUCAACAAACCUGACCUAGUAGAGCUUUCCAUCACAAACAACCAACUCUCCGAGUUACAUCCGGAUUCCUUCCUCGGUCUGGACUCGCUCGAACGCCUGUAUCUCGCUGGGAAUCGACUGGUGUUCGUCAACUCGGAGAUGUUCUGGCAGAUGCCUGGCCUUACUACGAUGGAUUUCUCUCAAAACAAACUUGAAGUUGUUGAUUUCAUAAAUUGUAGCCUUCUCAGCAACUUACAGAACAUCCUGCUAGCUGACAAUUCCAUUCAUGACAUCAGUUACAUACUUGGUCAUUGCGAUAAAUUGCAAGUCCUGAACUUGAGUUUCAAUCAAAUCAGAGUGGUUCCAGUUGACUCUCUUACUGGGGGAAGCAGAGCGCUAUCCAGACUUGAGCUUGAAGGCAACCCACUUCAGUGUGACUGCCGGUUGACGGGUCUACGUGACUGGCUUCGCAACAAUCCUCCGUCUCUUCUCCCUCGAUGUCAAGGUCCACCGCAGAACUCAGGAGCAGUGGUUUCAGACUUGGACAUACAUGAUUUCAUAUGCGAUCCUCCAAAGGCCAUGACUUAUAUGAACCACCUUAACGUGAUAGUCGGUCAGACAGCGAUUCUAUCAUGCACGGCGACUGGUAUACCCAUCCCCAACAUAACAUGGCUGAAUCCCAACAGUACGGUGAUAUUAGACGAAUGGCAGGACAAAAUUUCCAUUUCAAGAGAUGUGACUUUACACAUCAUGUCAGUGGCGCUUUCUGAUCAAGGAACGUACACGUGUUUGGCCCAAAACAUCCUGGGUGAAAUUGACAGAGCUGUGGUCAAUCUGACUGUUACCGAAGAACUGAAAGUAACACACACUGGCGUCUCUUUGGUUGCGACUGUCCUCCCCAACAUGUUUAUCACCCUGAUUGUCACACUCGCUGUUGUUGCCUUGGUCAUCUCUCUCCGUCGUCGUUAUAAGAAGAAAGAUCAUGCCACCUCGGCAGCGGAAGGGGUCAGGGGUGGUUCAAGGCUAACGGUCGGUUUCCGUAAAAAUAUAUCUACAAGAUCAGACGAAGGCUACGUUAACGAUACCGUAGAGGGCGAGUAUAUCCAACCAACUUGUAAGGAGGACACAGGGGAGGAAUACGAGGUACCAUCUACGGCAGCCAGACAUCAUUCUGGAAGAUACCAGAGGCACCUCAAGGUCAUCCCAUCAGCAGAGAUGGACGAUGCCGACGUCUACGAACCAGUCAACAUCGGUGGCGAAACAUAA